UCGUGCAGUGAACGCGUAGUUGCGCUGCCUCCAGCAUCCUGUGAAGAUCACUUCGAGUUAGUUGGUCAGAGGCUCUUGCCUAGUUGGUAGUCUGAUUCAAUCUCUAUUCCGAAUUGCGGCGGUGUAGUGCGUUCCGAAUUCUUGGCAGUGCAAUCGAUUAUAGAUGGUCCACCUAAUUGUUCAGUCGAGGGCAGAAUAGUAUAGUGCAUUGAUCUUCUGAAGCAGGAUCAAGUGCCAAAUAGAUUUCGAGAUACCACGCGUUGUGAUCGUUACAGAUUUUGUUUGAAUUAUAAUUAAAGUUCUUAUUUACUCUGGAGAUCGUUGACUUCCGACAAAGAAAUAUUCGAGAUCGCAAUCUGUUCAUUACCCAGUGCGUUGCGGGAAUUUUUUAUAUUUUUCCUAUCAAAUAUUUUCUGCUUGAGCACUACUAGUGGAAGAGAUGCGAGAUUUUUUCCUUAUAUUUGCUAUUGGAUUAUUUGGAUUUCUUGCUGUACCUGAAAUCAGCGCGAAAGAAGUUUCCAAUGCCGACAUACAGUCAGCGAUUGUCUCUUUAAUCCGAUCAUUCAAUCUUUUUGAAAAUAAACUCGAACGCCAUGAAAAUCGCGAACGGGCUCUUGGUGAUGUCAUCAAGAGAGCCUUGCAGGCACUUCAAAAAGGUCAAAAAGUUUAUGAGCCCAUUAAAGGCAUAUUCACCAGACUCGAUGAACGCGUCAGCCAAAUUGAAACUAUGUUAAUUGCGCAAGAGGAAAAGUACAACGCGCAAACCGAGAAGUUAACGGACACCAUCCAGGAUAUGUACAAGUGGAUGAACACAAAUGCAGCAUGUGGUAAAUCGUCUUCGGGAGGAUCAAAUGACCAGCAAACUAAGUUGAUUGAAAAAAUUGACAUGCUGUCGGAGAAUGUCGACCAAUUGGCUAAGUCUUCACAGGGACUAUUAGAUAAAACUGAUAAAAUGAUGGAUUCUAAAUUAUCUUCAACGGAAGAAGUAAUUUCAAAAAUGGAAGAUAAGUUGUCUCACUUCUAUGUGACUGGACCAAUAAGCACACCUUCGCCUAUGGCCUGUCCUGAUUCCGAAAGUAAGGUAAUCAACUAUCUGGACAAGAUCUACGAUAAAAUUGGAGAUAUAAAGAGUUACCAAAAAGCUGACAGUAAACUGGCACCUUUAGACAAGGACUUCUUAGAGGGACUCAACAAUUGUACUCAAAAAUCAAUCGCGGAUCUUAAACAGGAGUUUGCUACUGCAUCAGCUAGAGCCAUGACCCAGAUGAGCGAAAAUUUCAAAGAACUCACUGACCAACUUUCGACCGACAUUGCAAAAACCCCAACAAACACAAGUGACUCUAAAUGUGUCUCUGACGAUUUUUGUGCCGAUGUGAACAAAAGCAUUUCCGCUCUUCACGACAAACUGGAAGACUUCAAUAAGUUCGAUAAGGUCCUCCUCGCUACGUCCGAUUAUGUAUUAGAUACCCAACGUAAAGUUGAGUACGGUACACAUCAAAUUAUCGGAAAAGUUGGAGACCUAAUAAAAUCCCAAAACACUGAUCUCAACAACGCCAUCCAAAAACGUUUCGACGACGUUGACGAGGCUAUCAUAACCAAUCAUAAAGAAGCUCUUCAGAAUCUUAGCUCGAUCAUGGAGUUGGAAAUUGGGCAUGUUUGGCGACAGAUUGAAAUUAUGCACGGCGAAAUAGCUUAUAGUAAAGAUGCUUUAGAAAAGCUGCAAGAUCAGACAGAAUCGUAUGUAAACGGAACAAUUUCCACAAUGGAUAGUAUGGGUGGGAAAGUAGCACAAAUCACUGGCCGGAUGAGUGAAGUCGAUGAAAAUUUGAAUUACUUACUGGGAAGGCUAUCGUUAGUUACACAAGAGUUCAAUCAGAUUAAGACUGGCCUGGGCAGUGCUUUGGAUCAAAUAAGGAGUAGUUUCCAAACAGUUCAGGAUAAAAUCAAGGAUGUCGGGCCUGGCCCACACCCGAUACCUGGUGAUGCCGAAGCAAAGUAAAAAAUGAGCAGCAUACUCAUGCGCAAACAGAGAAUCGCUUACUUAAAGUGAAAUAGAUUUAGUAAAUGUAGUACAGACGUACAUUUACAUGCAUAAUUUUUACAAUGUAUUACAUCAAAUACCAAAUUUGUUUGAAUAUUUUCAAUCACAAAUUAGAUUGGCAUAAUUCCAGUAAGAAGUGUUUUCUGUAACAGUACAAAACACGUGUUUGUACGCUAAGAUAUUAUUUAAUGAUUUUGUAAGUUUAACGAGAUCUUCGAAAAAGUAAAUAAAGAAAGUUUUAGUUUAA